CUCCACUCCUCCACAAGUGCCAUCCCACAAUUCCCCACAUCACUCCCUCACGGUGGCAGCUAUACGAGAGUCACUGGAUAAUUCUAAUAAUUCAAACAAAUUCAAAGGUUCACCAGUGACUGCUUUGAAGGAUGAGAUAGACCGGAGGUUUAUGUGUAACGGCAGUUCCCCCACCCAUGGUGAGCGACCCGUCAGCAUGGUCACACCCAAGUCACAGACUCAUGUACAAGAAGUGCGCUUUCGACAUUCAGUAUCGGAACAGUUUAGUCGGGAAGAUCGGGCCCGCUACCAGCAGCAGAGGAAUUCUAUGGCUAAUCGCCCGCUACCAUCAGUCCCACGUAAUCAGGAGUACAACCCAGGGAACCAAGGUGGAAGUCCCCGCCAUCGAGCCUCUGUUCCGGUGUGGAGAAGUUUCGAUGACAACCAGAUCCAGUCUACCUCUAGAACUCAGUCAAAUGGCAUAUCAGAAAGUCCUAAACGUAAGCCUCCACGCCCUAUGAGCGAAAUAGUUCCUUCUUCAACUGCUGGCACGUUGUACGAUAACAGGUUCCCACAGAACGGCUGUGGUCAAAGUCCAAAACCAGAGGACCAAUCAGGUGGGCUCUAUAUUUAUGGGCCAAACGCAAGUGUAUCCAAUCAACAAGCUAUGUACAGUCCGCGUAGAACAGAGAGUCCGACUCGCCAGGCAGGGAAUGCUGGGAAGACAUCCAGAAUGUCACGUGUCGACACAGCUCCAGAACCUGUACUACGCUACCAGAAUGAUAGUCCUUUUCAGUGUGAGAGGGAAGAUUCAGAGUCACCUGGUGUCAGGAAAGGGUUGGAGUCCCUGAUGUGUCUCGAUCGCAGUCACAUUGAGGAUGAGGCCUUGAGGCAUGCCCCCUGGUACCAGGCAGGAAUACCCAGGGAGAUCGCCCUGGAGAUCCUGCAGCAGGAGGAUGUGGGGUCUUUCAUUGUGCGGGACAGCACCACACACCCCGGCUGUUUCGCUCUGUCUGUUCGAGUGCCAAAGUAUGAAAACUCCAGCGGAAUUUCACAUUAUCUUAUAAUAAAAACACAGCGAGGAGUCAAAUUAAAGGGCCUAGACAAGGAGUGGUCCAACCUGACAGCCCUAGUGAUCCAUCAUACAGUCAUGCGGGAGAUGCUGCCCUGCACUCUCAAGCUGCCCCGCAAGGCCAACAACCCCACGUUUAAAGACAGUGAUAAAGACGAUCGUGAGGAAGAUCCAGACUAUCAAAGGCUGUCCGACUUCUCCAACAUGAUGGAACAACUGAAGAUGUGAGACGCAACAUGUUUGUGUCGGGAGCUCUGACCCAGAGGUCAUGUGACCACAGCUACACUGGCACUUUUUGUGAUUUGCAAGAAUGUGAUAAGAAGUGAAAUCUACAGCAGGAUUAUGUGUGGACAUUGUUUGUAUGCCGCUGAUUUCCAAUUUCUCACACACAAGAAACACGUUUUCAGUUUUUCACAAAGGCGAAAAUUAAACAGUGAAGACACUGACAUCCUGGAUUAAGAAAUCUAUGUUCUACAAAUUGUGUACUCUACAGAAAUAGCUCCAUCAGCAAUGUUAGGUGUACCUGUAGUGUACUAGUUGACAACAAGAAACAAGAGUUCAUAAUCCUGACUGGAAAAAGUCCCGAAAAAACUGUGUCGUCUGAGAUCACCUUUCAUCCUGAGUAUCAGUCGUCUAUUUCUGUGAUACAUCGGGACGAGGAGGGAGUAUUGUGGUGUUCAUGGUAUGUGGAAACAGACUGACAUACCAUACAAGGAUCGCAUUCAAGUGGAUAAACCUCUAACUCUCCCUUCUCAACUGUUUAAUCUAAAGAAUCUACCGUCAAAGCAUGUCGGAGCAAAUGUUUACUUCAUGAUUUCCAAAGUUUGCGGUAGACUAAGCCCCGUCGUGACAUCAAGUUCCGGGGACUUAGUGACUUGUUGAUAUCUCUGUCACAGCGUCACCGCCAGUGUGCCCUGGGUUAUCUCCCUUUGUAAAUGCCGCCAAGUCUUUCGCUAGCCGAGUGUUCACUGCCGCAUGAUGUCGGCUGGCAGAUGUCUGUCGCCGAUGUCCUACAGACAGUUUAAUAACUUGUCACAAAUGUGCUGAAGAACCAUCUAUGAAAUUGCAUGAUGGGAAGUGUGAAUGGAGGAGGACCUGACGUAUAGUCGUGGAAAUACCGAGUGUAAUCGCAGGGUGUGACAUCAACUAUUUAUCUAGCGUGUAUGAGGUCAUGUGAAUGUUGUAGUGGGAUAGUUACGAGGUGUUUCUGUACAUUACGCUUGUACGAACGUGUGUGGCCUUCGUGCAACACGUGCUGACAAUAAGUGUCCUUCCUAUAACGUUAUGUUGUCAGACUAUAGCCAGGGAGGUUUGUAUACUGUAUCUGUGUACAUAUAAUGUAUGCAUCUUUCACCUACACAAGUCAGGCCGAUGACAUCUAUAGUCUACCUGGAACAUCAUCUUGGGGAGACUUCAGAGUGCUUUGGAACAUUUCGAGACGGUUGUUCAAGUUGUUAGUUUCGAAACUGUGGAAUUAAGGGUAAAUGUAUUUAAUACUUCAAGCCUGAAUAAUAUCAACAUGAAAACACCUAAAGGUAUGACCUUUGUGAGAUUUGACAAUAUAUCUACUAAGGGUAGCAGGCCAUUGUUAAUUUCAACCAUUGGCAGAUUUGGUAUAAAAUUUGAUGAAAACAAAUGGCAUGACCCCCAAUAAUCUGUUUGUAACCAGUAUGAAGGAAUCCUGUGAGAUACAGCUUGUUUAUUCCCUAGAAUGUUGUAAUGGUGUAACAGCAUGCUCAUAUAUUACCCAUCUUCCCUCCCAUUGUCGUUGUUUGAGUUGAGACCAUAUCGGAGACUAACCUAUAUCCUAGUUGUGGUAUACAUUGGCCAGUGCUAGUCUAGAUUUACCCCACAGACUUUGCCAGCUAGCUUCACCCUCCUCACUCAAGGAACUUUUCCGAAGGGAAUUGUUUGCCCUAUGGGGCAAAUAUAUUUGCCCAGAGUCAACUUGUGAGGAGGCUGUAAUAGAUGAAAGUUAACUUCUGUAAGAUGCAACAAUAAAACUCAAAGUGCCACUAUUUACCCAUAUUCAUGUUUCGAGGGGUAAAUAUGUCAGUUUUUACAGCAACUGGUUUGCUUUUUCUGCCUUGAACAAGGCACAGCCAUAGUUUUGGAUGAUUUCUUGUUUUCUGCUUGUGGCUACCUGCCCACUGAGUGGAAGAAGCAGAUAUUGUUUGCCUUGCCCUGUGGAGGGAGUAUUGUUGAUUUGUUUGUUAGCUGCCCAGUGGUACACUGUCCUAGUAUCAGCCUCUGUCACUAACAGAGCUGAAAUAUUGCCGAUGUGACGUUAACUAUUAACUCACUCACUCACUAACAGAGCUACGGCACUACGCACUACUUGGGGAAAGGUUCAAGCCUUUAUGGACUGUAGUAAAUGAAAAUGAAGCUGAUAUGUGCCUGAUGAAAAUUAGAUCCAAAGUUUAAUUUCUUUUUUCAUUGACAUUUUGAGGUAAAACUAUAGUUUCUGGCCCUUCUCUGUCUUGGUAUCUACUUUUAGAAACAUUUCUUAGUCACCUUCAUUAUAAUUUUUUCAGUCAGUACAAGUUUUUAUUUACAUACUCUUCUAUAUUGUUACUACAACUAUUUCAGGGCUAUUUCUUGCCCAUUCCUCCUUCCCCAAGUAGUGUAGAACACUUGUGUCUACCAUCAGGUGCUUACCAAGAAAAUACAAAAUGAGAGUGAAUUGUGUGAAUUUAGUCACUUGUAGCCCCUGUGUGUGGUCAGACUGACCCCUGGUUAUCACCUAGCAUGGGUUCAUUGUCUGUCACAAUUCAUCCACAACCAAUGGCCAUUCAGGAGAGUUAUGACAUUUAUCAUCCAGGUGAUAACUGCUAUAUUACAUGUAUUUGGGAAACACAUCCUUGUAUGGUAAGAAGAAAUUGGAUUCAGACAAAAUUGCAGGUCUUACGGUCCCCAUUUAUUGCUUCCAUAUCGAAUAUUGAGGAAACUAUUAAUCAAAGUGCUAAGUAACCAGUCUGUAGUUUUAACAAAAAAUAAUGUAAAUAUCUUUACUCUAUUCAAAGUGAUGUGGAUAGUUUCUGGUUUGAAGAAUAAACAUUAUUUUGCACAGGAGAGUUUGAGGCCAGACAUAAUUUUCCUGAAGGAACAGAAGUUGUGAGGAUCUUCAUGAUUCUUUGAGAGAGAUGACAGAUUCAGAGAAACUUGUACAUGUUGUAUAUUAUAUUUAUUUACUGUUUAAAUAUACCUAAUAUAAUCUCACCUCUCUCUCUUGAAGGAUCAUAAUGCAUCCUUUCCAUUAGUUUCCUCAGCUUCUUUCAAAUGUGACUAGUCUAAGGGAGACAACUCUAGCAAUACCUGUUUGUUUCCCAAAAGAAAGAAGUUGUUGGAAUCUCUCCAAACCCUUAUUUUGUGGGUGAACUAUUACAACGUAUAUCAUGUUGAUCUCAAGUCAUCAGGGUUGAAAUUGGAAGAGGAAGAAUUCUCAUUGGCAUUUGACGAAAGUUUACCCAGGAAAUAAAAUCUCGUGUUGGGGCAUGGAGUACCACUGUUCAUAACCUGUAUCUGUGAUUAUUACAUGAUAACCAUGCAACUCAUCGUUACAUUGUCUCACAUGUUGGCAAUAAAUGCUUUUAAAAAUAA